UUACAACCUUUUAGGUUUAAUGCUUGUGCUGAAACUCCAGAGCUUCUGAAAGCUAUAGAAUGCCUUAUUGCGAGAUCUGGUAGAGGUUUUUGCUUUGCCAGUUUGGUGGGAGAUCGUUUGGAGAGAGGAUGUUCUUUGACUCUUUCAGAUCAAGUAAAUUGCCUGGCCAAUCCAAAUUGUCACUUGUGCGAUCCCUUGGAACAACCCCGCUGCAAUGAUCAACUUAUAAAAGCAGAUUCCUCAACCACUCAAGACCCAGCGGAAUCCACUAGUUCAUCAACUGAGUCUACACCUAGUUCAACAAUAACAACAGAAUCAACAUCGAGUUCUUCAACAAGUUCAACAACAAGUUCUUCAACAAGUUCUUCAACAAGUUCCUCCACAAGUUCUUCUACAAGUUCUUCCACAAGUUCUUCAACAAGUUCAUCCACAAAACCACCAGAAACUACCCAAUCAACCACAGAACCUUCGACAACCGAGGAGAUCCCAACAACAACGGAAACACCCAGUUCGGCAUUUGAUUUACGUGCUUCCAUGUUCCUAAUAUUUACUCAAUUGGCAUGUUUUGGCGUGUUUUUUUGCUUUUGCGGCAGAGAAUUUCAGUGCAAAACAGAGAAACGUCAGGCGUAAGAGCGCUGCGCGCCAACUUCGUGUUUUUUGCACUUACACU